UUGUGUUUAAUUCAAUUCAAUUCGUGCCGUGCCGUUUUGAUAAUAAUUAUUAGUUCGACUUGAAAAGCAAAUCUAAAUUAAAUGACAGUGCACAGUAAUGAAACCGGUGUCUGUUUAGUAAUGAAUGCCGUUUCAACUCGCCUUGCUGCCUCAUCGCCAACCACACCCUCCACGAACGCCGCACAGACGCCGCCGCAUCCACAGACUACAACGCAGUUGCCAGCUUUGCCACCGUUAGCGCAUCCAACAAGCGGCGCCGGCUCCGGCCACGGCCACGGUCCUGGUGCCGGCUCCGGUCCGGGGCCCACGUUAACCGCGGCCGUUGCUGCUGCUGCCGCCGCCGGUUUGCCCGGCAGUGGUCUACCCCUGCCCCUGACUGUGCCCGCUUCGAGCAACGUGAUGGUCACAUCGACAGUGCCGCCGGGCGCACGCUCCGGUUCACCGUGUGCCGCUGCUGUCACACCAUAUGGCUCGGCUGGCAGUAGUGUUGGACCCGGUCCCUCAUCGUUGCCGGCGAUUGGUGUCGGUCCGCCGCCGGGUGGUGCACCGCCAGCGCCUGGUUCCGGCAAUCCGAAUCCGAAUCGCUGUUGCGACACGGGCCGUACCAUCUACACGGAUCCUGUGAGCGGCCAGACGAUCUGCUCCUGCCAAUAUGAUAUGCUGAACUAUCAGCGCUUAGCUGCCGCCGGCGGCCUUGUCGCCGGUCCCGGCGGUGUACCGCUCGGCGUCUAUCCGGAGGGCAUGUCCGCCUACCUGUCGGGCAUCGCUGGCGAUCAGCCGCCAUUCUACGCGAAUCCGGCUGGCAUCGACUUGAAGGAGAAUUUGGUGGCUGGAGCUGCUCCAUGGCCGUAUCCAUCAAUGUAUCAUCCGUAUGACGCAGCGUUUGCCGGCUAUCCCUUCAAUAGUUAUGGCAUGGAUUUGAAUGGGGCCCGGCGAAAGAACGCAACCCGCGAGACGACAUCAACGCUGAAGGCAUGGCUCAAUGAGCAUAAAAAGAAUCCUUAUCCAACGAAGGGCGAGAAAAUAAUGCUGGCGAUUAUCACAAAAAUGACGCUAACCCAGGUAUCCACCUGGUUUGCAAAUGCGAGAAGAAGACUGAAAAAGGAGAACAAAAUGACCUGGGAGCCCAGAAAUCGAGUCGACGACGACGAUGCCAAUAUUGACGACGACGAUGAUAACGAUAAGAAUACCGAAGAGAAUGAUUUGCUAGAUGCAAAGGACUCGGGACUGGGCUCCAACGAUGAUAAGGAUCGCAUUGGACGUCUCGGUGAUAUGAUGGCCGAUCGUCCCGGCGAGAGUAAUAACAGUGAAUGGUCGGAGUCGCGACCGGGAUCUCCCAAUGGUUCCCCCGAUCUGUACGACCGACCCGGCACCCACCCACUGUUCCAUCCCGCCGCCCUGCAUCAUCACUUCCGGCCACCGACCGGUUCGCCACCCGACAUCGCCGCCUACCACCACCAUCAACAGCAGCUGUUGCAGCAGCAUCAGCAGGCACAGCAAAACUCGUUGCAGACCGCUGUGGGUGGCACUGGUGUCAGUUUGGCUGUGAAGCCACGCAUCUGGUCGCUGGCCGACAUGGCCAAGGAUGGCAAGGAGUCCAACUCGGCCAACAAGGAUAACUCGCCGGCCAGCGAGCUGCCGCCGUCGCAGCCAGCCUUCUACGGCCAUCCGAGUCAACAUCAGCAUCCAUCGCCGGGCAAAAUACUCUCACCGCUGGCGGCUCGCAUACCCAACUAUGCGCCAUAUGUGCGACCAGAUUUGUAUCGUGGCUUCUAUGGGCCGGCGGCAGCAGCUGCCGCCCAUUUGAGUGCACCAACGCAGGAGUUUCUGGAGCAUCAGCGGCAUUUCGGUGCCAGUCUGGCGGCACACAACGGUCUCGGCAUGAAUCCGCUGCUGUGGAAAGCGGCGGUGUCUGGUGCCGCCACCGGACAACACUUUGCACCACUCAGCCUGACAACGACUAGCAAUGCGGGUGCCGUGCAGGUGGCACCACCACCCGGUGCAUCGCCAUCUGCCUCCAGUUCAUCGUCGUCGAUGGGCUGUGAUGUGGUGCACAUACCCAACAGCAGUGGUGGUGGUGGCGGCGGUGGUCAUUCCGCUGCACAGCAUAUGAUCGGGCCCAUUUCCAGCAAUUCGACCUCUUCGUCAUCCUCCUCGAACUCGGGCAAGAUCUCUCCGGGCGUGAAUGUGACCUCGCUGAGCGGCAAGCCAUGACACCCAACAACGCUCUCCGCUUCAGCAUCAGCGUCCGCAUCCCCUGAUCCAUACGCAUUGCCGCCGACCUCAGCUGCUUCGCCGAUCUCGGCAUUCCGGUCGCUGUCAUUGAUCGCUAUGCGGGAACAUCAUCUGCAGCAACAGGCGCCCAAAUUGGCGCUGUUACGACCGUAGCCAUGUGCCACGGAUUUCGGGGCAUGCCAAUGAGCAAGAAACAAUAAGGCGCCCCCCCACAGCUGGCAGAGAGAGUGAGAGAGAGAGAGGGAGAGGGAGAGUGAUAGAGAAAGAGGAUCAAGUUCAGUUCGGGUAGAGAGAUCGGGCAAAACUUUCGGACAAUAAUUUACAUGUGAUUAUUCGGUAUUUUGAUUAACGCCGCUUACACCAAAUAGCAAGAAUCAUCCCGCUCCCAGCAGCAGCCGCAAACAACAAACAACAAAUACAAAACAACAAGAAACAACAACAACAACAAACAAACCAACAACCAUAACUGUCAAGGACUUUGUGCAAUUUUUGUGGGAAUGAAAAAUCCUAAAUCUAAUUGAAAAAAAAAAUACAUUAAUUUUAAUACAUACAACUUACGCAAUCAGAGCUUAUAGGAAGUAAAUUUGUAAGAGUUAGUGAAAAAUGAAAAAGAAAAACCUAAAAAAAAAACUAAAUAACUAAAACCAAACCCAAUGACAUCUAGCAGAAGCAGUUGAAUAAUAAGUAGUAUCUCGCAAGGACAUCCUCUCAACGGAAGACACAAAAGAGACAGCUUGAUCAGAGACAGAGAGCGAGAGAUAGAGAGAGAGAGAGAGUCGCUUCUCAUCAAUGAGCUGCUAGAUGAGAGAGAACCACAAAGUAAUUACAAACACUUUCACAGACACACAUAUAUUUUCACGUUCUACUACUAGAAUUGGCUUCAGACUUCAGGCGCUGAUCUAUGCGGUACAUAAGUAUGUAUGUAUAUAGUGAAUAUAUACGAUAUAUAUGACGGUACUUAAGUACGUAAACAUAUUAAGUUAAUUGUAUGUCACUUUGCCAUCCUCUAUUGCUUGUAUGGAUGGACAUAAAACAUAUCAACGUGACGAACGCUCCAAUCAAAAUCCGGCCUCCCUCCUUUCCUUCCUUUAUCAGAGCAGCCCCCCAACCCCCAACCACCAACCCCCUUCCACCAUGCAACAUGCACCAUGCACCCUCCCGACCAUAUCCAUACCAAAUAUGCAAGUAAAUGCGAGCAAUGAUUGAUUUAGUUGUUUUUGUUUUUAUUGUCUUAAGUUCAAACUUUGUUCCUGUCGUUUGUAAAUUUAAUUUAUUGUAUGUAUGUAUGUAUUUAUUUGAUAAAUUGGCAAACACGAUUUA